UGUAUCGAAAACGAAACUGACUCUUAGCUGACUUCGAGAAUAAGGGCUUAAAGGAAACGAAAACAAGACGGUUAACGGAUUUUUAAAAAGCUUCGUGGAUUCACUCUUUGUAUCCGACUCAGCGGAGGAGAAGAAACCCAUCGCUGGGAAUGUUGAGUAAACAUCAGAGCUGGACAGGACGUACUUUACUGGAAUGGAGUCUGUAGCAGUGGGCUUGUCUACUUGGUGAGACUGAAGCUGGUGUCACUAUGGCGCACUUUGACACAGAGUACCAGCGCCUGGAGGCGUCCUACAGCGACUCUCCCCCUGGAGAGGAGAACCUGCUGAUGCAUGUGCCAGAAGGAGCUAAAUCCCAAUGGCACCACAUAGAAAACUUGGACCUGUUCUUCCAGAGAGUCUAUAAUCUGCAUCAGAAGAAUGGAUUCACCUGUAUGCUUCUGGGAGAGAUCUUUGAGCUGAUUCAGUUGCUGUUUGUGGUUGGUUUCACAGUGUUCCUUGCUAACUGUGUAGACUAUGACAUCCUCUUUGCUAACAAGUUUGUAAAUCACACUGAUUCAUCUAAAGUCACCCUGCCAGAUGCCUUCCUUCCAGUGAAUGUCUGCAGUGCCCGUAUCCAAGGCAAUUCCUUUGUGAUCUUUGUGCUGAUAAUCUCUGGCGUGUUCUGGCUACAUCGCCUGAUUAAAUUCAUCUACAAUGUCUGCUGCUACUGGGAGAUCAGAUCCUUCUACAUCAAUGCCCUCAAGAUGACCAUGUCAGAGCUCCCCUAUGCAACAUGGCAAGAGGUUCAGGCUAGGAUAGUGGAGAUCCAGAAGGAGCACCAGAUCUGUAUCCAUAAAAAAGAGCUGACAGAGCUUGACAUCUACCACCGCAUCCUCCGCUUUAAAAACUACAUGGUUGCCAUGGUAAAUAAAUCGCUCCUUCCUGUGCGUUUUCGACUUCCUCUACUUGGGGACUCCGUGUUCUACACCCGGGGUCUCAAGUACAACUUUGAACUCAUCUUCUUCUGGGGGCCAGGCUCACUGUUUGAAAAUGAGUGGAGCCUAAAACAAGAGUAUAAAAGAGGCGGCAACAGGCUUGAGCUGGCAGACAGGCUAGCAUCACGUAUCUUGUGGAUAGGCAUUGCCAAUCUGCUGCUGUGCCCGGUCAUUCUGGUGUGGCAGAUUCUCUACGCCUUCUUUAGUUAUACUGAGGUGAUUAAGCGAGAGCCUGGUUCUCUGGGAGCGAGAUGCUGGUCUCUAUAUGGUCGAUGUUACCUGCGUCACUUCAAUGAGUUGGACCAUGAGCUCAUGUCACGCCUUAGCAAAGGCUAUAAGGCUUCAUCCAAGUAUAUGAACUGCUUUCUUUCACCACUGCUUACUGUGGUGGCCAAAAAUGUAGCAUUUUUUGCUGGGUCUCUUCUGGCAGUCCUCAUCACCCUUACCAUCUAUGAUGAGGACGUGCUCGCAGUUGAACAUGUUCUGUCAUCAAUCACACUGCUUGGAGUGUGUAUCACAAUCUGCAGGUCAUUUAUUCCUGAUAAGCACAUGGUGUUUUGUCCUGAGCAGCUGUUGCGAGUUAUCCUGGCUCAUAUCCACUACAUGCCUGACCACUGGCAGGGCAAUGCACAUAGAUAUGAGACCCGUGACCAGUUCUCCCAGCUCUUCCAGUACAAAGCAGUAUUUAUUUUAGAGGAGCUGCUGAGUCCAGUUGUGACUCCCAUCAUCCUCAUCUUCUGCCUGCGGAGGAAGUCUCUGGAGAUCAUUGAUUUCUUCAGGAACUUCACUGUAGAGGUUGUUGGGGUGGGAGACACUUGCUCCUUUGCCCAGAUGGACAUCAGGCAGCAUGGACACCCUGCGUGGAUGUCUGAAGGGAAGACAGAGGCAUCUAUCUACCAACAGGCAGAGGAUGGGAAGACAGAAUUGUCCCUGAUGCAUUUUGCUAUCACCAACCCCCAGUGGCAGCCUCCUCAAGAGACCACACAUUUCAUCAGCCAGCUGAAAGAAAGAGUUCACAGAGAAGCCACUGGAGCCCCCUCAGACACCCAUCCUCUUUCACUGUCAGAGUCUGAACCAAGGAGCCUUGUUGCAAACCUCUUGGCAGGUCCAUCUACACUAGGCUCUGUUCAUUUUGGCCGGGACAGUUCUUUGACCAAUCAUGCAGCAGCUGGUAUAAGCGAUGGGGCAUCUGCCUUGCGCUCCCUUUCCCCAGUCAGCAGCAGUCUUCACCUGAGAGGCAGUUUGAGUGCAGGUCACAGGGCUGCUGGUCACACUUCAACCAUGAGCAAGGCAAUGGCAGGCUCGGGGACCGAUGCUCGAACUGUAAGUUCAGGCAGCAGUGCGUGGGAGGGACAGCUUUCUAGUUUGAUCCUAUCAGAGUAUGCCUCCACUGAGAUGAGCAUCCACGCACUUUACAUGCAUGAGCUCCAUAAACAACAGUCCCGUGGUGAGCUCUCUCGUCACACUUGGCACAGGCAGGAGAGUGACGAAAGCAGCGACAGUGUCCCAGACGAGGUGAGGAGUGAACCCAACGCUCGCUCCAGACACUUCCCUCGCUCACACACUUUCCCAACCACAGUACCCAGUCCCAGUGCCAUUCCCACUUCAGCUUCAGCCACCAACGGUACCGCCUUACACCAGGAGGGGGCGCCAUUACAGAGCAGCAGCCAGCGCCGUCACAGUGGAACAGACUCUUUAGGUGCUGGGGUAAAGGUAGUGAGGUCAGCCCGUGUGCCCAUGGGAGGGUGGGCAGAAGAGGGUCAGGCAGGAGCACGACAGCAUGAGCCACUACCAGAAGAGAGCUCAGAGGAUGAGAUGCCUCCUCACAUACACAAGGUUACAUAAACCGAGCCAUGUGGAGAAUUAUCAGCGUCUCUCCCUCCCUAGCUAACCAAACACACAUCAUCAUCAUCAUUGUGCGUCUAUCAUAGAUGAAGAUGGGCAUGUGUGAGAGUGGUGUACUAUGAUCCCUUCAAACCCUCUAAUACUGAAAUCAUCUGGUAACUUAGAUUAAUUUAGCCACUGGCCAUAUCAAGAUACAACAUUGUGACUGUAUGACAUACGAGAUGCCUUAAAAGGCAGACAGGGUAAAUUUCUGAAUCUAUGGACGAGAAGAGGACCUGUAGGAUCAAGUUAUUUCUAAUAGCCAUUGAUAACAUCUGAUUACACUACUCUUUUAUAAAAAAGAUAUCAUAAUGAACAUGCAUAUGAUACUUCAUAGAAAAUAAAUUGUGAACACUACUGGAGGCAUCCAAGGCACCUUGCUGAAGUGUCACUUGUUAAAAAAGACAAAUCAGUUUGCCCCAGACGUGACCACAAUAAUCUGAACUGUGCCAUCUCCAUUGUUUCCCAUUUUUACAGACCAAUUGGCACAAGAAGGGAAAUUUGAAGAAUGUGUUGUAUCACUGUAACAAGAAUGCAUUCACCAAGUUGUGUUUAGAAAGAUGCUGGUAACGCUGGUAAAACACUGACUCUCAUUGUGUGUAUGCUCUUGUAUCAAUAGCAGGACACUGUGUGUGAUGUGUCUUUCAGCUUGCAGUUUGCCUCGUCGCGAAACACACACAGGCCUCCAAUAGUGCUAAAUUCACCUGAAACUUUCAUAAUUAUUUUACUCAAUUUGGAUUUCUUUUACAUUUAUUGCAUCACAAAGCUCACUUCUUCCUCCAUGUGCACUGAUAGAUGCUUGUUUAAAAGAUAACUGCAGAGUAGCCAGGUAUUCAGCAUGCACACAUGCACUGUGUAAAUAAACAAUAUCAGGUUAUUUCUCAGCAUCUAUAAACAAAUUAAAUCAUCAAGUAUACGUAAUUGUAAGGCCAUCAUUUUAUGUGUAAACCAGAGAUAACAAAUGCUAGCACAUUCUAAUCUGAUUUAACACCGGUUUACCAAUAAUUAUUGUUCUACAGACUUGCUAAAGAGUAAAACAUGACUGUUUUAAGCAUGUAACAUUGACUUCUGUGCCAUACUUAAAGCCCCCAAGCACAAGUGCAUGACCAUCAUCCACUCAUUGUUCUGAAAAGUUGUAACUAUACCAUCCCACCAUGAUCAUCCUCCUCUACAUGUUGCUUAAUCACAGCAUGACUGCCUUUUGUUCUCCAGUAAUGAAUCCACAAUUCUUUAAAAAAGAAAAAAAAGAAGAAGAAAAAAAUAGCAAAUAUGCACUUUAAUAAUGUGUUAAUGCAGAGGGCGUCACUUAACUUGGAUUGUUUAUAUGUGUAUGUUCUUAUAUAUAUAUAUAAAAAAUGAAUAUUUUAUUUAUAAAAGGGAUGUGCCAUGAUCGACAGUUGAUGACAUUGUGAGUCACGGCUGUUUCCUGUUAAGUGGUUUUUGUUUAUUUUGGGGGGGUAAUGUAGCACCUUGUGUCACACUGCUGGACUGACACCGAGGACGAGGUGAUUCAUUCAGUGCUGUAACGUCAAUGUUAAGCGUAGAGGUGAUGCCUGGUAUUUCUGUUUUAUAGAUACUGUAAAGUACCAUUUUGUACAGAUGUAAAUGCAUUCAUUAAACUCUGGACAAUGA